AUGGCGGCACAUACUCUAAUACAAGAGAAGAACAAUCUUGAAUCAAUCAGUCUUGUCUGGUUGGACUCAUCAGUGAAUUCCAGUGAAGAUAACGUCAAUGCACAACGAUUAUUUCGUAUGAUAAUGAUUUAUUUGAAAGCAUUUGACAAUGUUCAGGACUGUGAACAAUAUCUGCAAGAAACAUCUAGAGAUGAUCGAAUCUUUCUGAUUGUCAGCGGUCGAUUAGGUCAAGAAAUCGUACCAAAAAUUCACCAUAUUCGACAAAUUUCUAUCAUCUAUGUCUACUGUAUGGACAAGAAAAGAAAUGAAGAAUGGGCAAAAACGUUUCCUAAAAUCAAAGGAGUUUUUAUCAAAUUCGAAGGUCUAUUCCAACAAAUCCAAUUGGACCGAACUAAACUCCGCGAAAACGGCAUCGAUGAGCCCGUCGCAUUAGCAUUGUCGAAUCUAAGCGGUGGCAUGGAUAGAUCUACCAAUACGUUGAACAACGAUUUUCUCUAUUCUCAGUUAUUGAUCGACUGUCUUAUUCGAAUGACACCAACUUCAUCGGAUAAGAACGAAUUAAUUGAAGUUUGUACUCAAAUUUAUGCAGAUAGUCCGAAUGAAUUGACUCUUCUCAAAGAAUUCCAAGAAACUUAUUCAUCAAAUCGUGCGAUAUGGUGGUAUACACGCGAAACCUUUCUCUAUCGUUUACUAAAUAAAGCAUUACGCACAAAAAAUUUUCAUUUAUUAUUUCUGUUUCGGUUCUUUCUUCGCGAUGUAAGUCAACAAUUAAAAUCGAAUCAAUGUACCACGUCGAUUCGUGUCUAUCGAGGACAACUCUUGUCUCAAGAAGAACUCGAUCAGUUAACAAAUUCACUCGGUGAAUAUCUAUCAAUCAAUUCUUUCUUUUCAACAAGUCUCAAUCGACAAAAAGCAUUGAGAUUCUUAAAAGAUGAAUCACUUUGCGAUGGUGCACAGAAGAUUCUCUUCGAAAUCGAUGCUGAUCCCAAUGAAAGUCAUUCGAAAUCAUUCGCCAAUAUCGCUUCAUUAAGUUCGUACUCUACUGAACAAGAAAUUCUAUUCAUGUUAGGUUCAGUUUUUCGUGUAAUGAACAUUAAACAAGAUAAGAACGGUUAUUGGAUCAUACAAAUGGUAUUUUUCAACGAUCAUAACGAAAAUCUACAACGACUCUAUGAUCAUAUCAAAGAUGAACACACUAACAUCAACGAAGAAACAAGCCUCGUCACUUUCGGAACUCUGCUAUAUAAAAUGGGUGAAUACGAUUUAGCAGAGGAAUACUUUUCUCGUUUAAUCCACGAACUACCCAACGACGAACAAAUUCUUUCGAAAUCUUACCACGCACUUGGUGUAUUAGCUCUACUAAAAGAUGAUUACGAGAAGGGCUUGAAUUGUCAUAAGAAAUCGUUGGAGAUUUUGAAAUUCGAUGAUCCUUGUUUAGCGACGAGUUAUAAUUGCAUUGGUUGUAUCUAUCAAAAACAAGGAGAUUUUAGGAAUGCUCUUGAGUUCUACACGAAAGCAUGGGAUAUUUGGAGAAAGCUAUUGGGUGAGGAUUAUUUUCAGAUAGCCGAUGUUUUGAAUAAUAUGGGUUGUAUUUAUGAAAAUGAAAAGAAUUAUUCCAAAGCAUUAGAUUUUCACCAGAAAGCGUUAGCUAUUCGACAAAAAUCUCUUCCAAAAGAUCAUUUAGAUCUCGGUGCAUCGUACAAUAACAUCGGAAACAUCUAUCUUUGUCUGACAGAAUAUGAUCUAGCAUUAGAAAAUUAUCAUUUAUCUUUGGAUAUCAAAAUCAAAUGUCUUCCUUCUCAUCAUUUAUCUUUAGUAACAACAUUGCACAACAUCGGGAUUGUCUAUGAACAGAAAUCUUCGUAUCAACAAGCUCUGAUCUACUUUGAAAAGGCAAUGCAUAUUCUUCGCGAGAAUCAGCCAUCAACAAAUUCAUAUAUCAAUGAUCUUGAUCAAGAUAUUCAACGUGUUUCGUCAUUAUUGAAUUCUAAAUUGCAUAUGACUUACUUUUAA